AUGCGAUUUAUAGUAACAAAAGCGGGUUACGGUAGUGAACGCAUUGGUAACCUAACUGGUUUUGUGAAGUGCCCUAAUGUCGUAAUAGAAACUCCUACGUCUGGAUUGUUUACUCAGGGUGGAAGCAUUGUACAUUUAACAGCUGAUGUACUCGCUCGUGUUUUCACUAAUCCACAAAUACUUGUCAUGCCUCUAACAAAUUCAAUUCAAUUAGAAACAGGUGUCAAGGCCCAGAAUGAAGGUGUGACAAAGUUCGCUGGCCUUCCUGAACAUGUAGCCUGUGUAACAGUUAAUAAUUUCUCUGAGAUUGUACCGCCUGGUCAUUUUGAGCCUGGUAAAAUUCCUUUAUGGACUAAACAUGGAAAGAGAAUGACCACCGCUGACAAAUAUAUGGAUAUAAUGGAAAUAUUCAGACCAGAUAUGUUUUUGGCGAUUGCAGAUGGCUGCAUGUCUGUCAAUGAAACACCAAAGAGGCUGAGUAAGGCCGUCGAUCGUACCUGCAAGUUACUCAACACAUGUGUGGAUAGAUAUAAAGCAUCUAAGGAAUUGAAGAAUAGUGCCCUGGUGGGUGUUGUAGUCGGGGCACAAAACCAAAAGAAAUGUGAUGAAUGUAUAGAAAAUAUUUUGAAACAUGUAGAUUGUAUAUCUGGCGUAGCUCUUGAAGGAAUCACAGACGGAACUGAUUUGCUAAAAGAAGACACCAACCAAUACUGUGAUAUAUUUAAGAAAAUUGGUGGUGCUCUUCCCAAAGAAUUGUUCCGUAUUCUAGAAGGAUGUUGGAAUCCUGCAAUGACAUUAUCAGCCAUUGAACAUGGCUGGGACAUUUUCGAUGGAACUUAUGCAGUUAAACUAACAAAUAUGGGAAUCGCCUUGAAACUUAGCUUUGAUGUUACCAAAGAGAAUGAAACCCCAUACUUAUUGGAUAUGGUUGAUGAACGGUACAAAGAAGACUUCAGUCCCAUCCUUGAAGGUUGUGAAUGUUUGACUUGCAAGAAGCACACGCGGGCCUACAUAAGACAUUUGUUGAACACAAGGGAAAUGUUGGCUUCCGUGUUAUUGAGCAUGUAG